AUGGCCCCCAACAUUCGAAAAUCGCACCCCCUGCUCAAAAUUAUCAACAACUCCCUAAUCGACCUCCCAUCUCCCUCAAACAUCUCUGCUUGAUGAAAUUUUGGAUCGCUACUAGGAAUUUGCCUAAUUACCCAAAUUCUAACAGGGCUCCUACUAGCCAUACAUUACACAGCCGACACUACACUAGCAUUCUCAUCCGUCGCCCACACAUGCCGGAACGUACAGUACGGAUGAUUUAUCCGCAAUCUCCAUGCAAACGGCGCAUCCUUCUUCUUCAUCUGUAUUUACCUACACAUCGGCCGAGGACUCUACUAUGGCUCUUACCUCUAUAAAGAAACCUGAAACACCGGCGUUAUCCUCCUACUAACAUUAAUAGCAACUGCAUUUGUAGGUUAUGUCCUCCCCUGAGGACAAAUAUCAUUCUGGGGCGCUACUGUCAUCACAAACCUAUUCUCAGCCAUCCCCUACAUCGGACAAACCCUAGUAGAGUGGGCCUGAGGCGGAUUCUCAGUUGACAACCCCACCCUAACACGAUUCUUUGCCCUUCACUUCCUCCUCCCAUUUGUAAUCGCUGGCAUCACCCUGGUACAUCUCACAUUCCUGCAUGAAUCAGGAUCAAACAACCCCCUCGGAAUCAUCUCUCACUGCGACAAAAUCCCCUUCCACCCAUACUUCUCCUUAAAAGAUAUCCUAGGCUUUACGCUAAUAUUCAUCCCCCUACUAUCCCUAGCAUUCUUCUCGCCCAACCUCCUCGGAGAUCCAGAAAACUUCACCCCCGCAAACCCCCUAGCCACGCCUCCCCAUAUCAAGCCCGAAUGAUACUUCCUAUUUGCAUACGCCAUCCUACGCUCCAUCCCCAAUAAAUUAGGAGGUGUACUUGCCUUAGCCGCCUCCGUCCUAAUCCUAUUCCUAAUCCCACUCCUGCACAAAUCUAAACAACGUUCAAUAACAUUCCGCCCACUCUCACAAUUAUUAUUCUGAUUUCUAGUGGCAAACCUACUCAUCCUAACAUGAAUCGGCAGCCAACCAGUAGAACACCCCUUCAUCAUCAUCGGCCAAGUAGCUUCCUUCACUUACUUCCUCAUCCUAUUAGUUCUCUUCCCUGCCAUCGCAGCCCUAGAAAACAAAAUAAUUUACUAA